UUAACAUAACAAAUAAUAGCAGACGAAGGUUGGGCCGUAACGGCCUUCCAAAAGCCACGCUGCCCUUAUAAAUCAUUCUCCUCUCCUUCAACCCUUGUAUAGCAGUCUCCGCCUCCUUUGUUCUCGCUCUGUCUGUGAAUAAAAAAAAAACCUAAAAUGGCUACAGUGCGAGUCUCUUCUACUAGCAUGACUAAGGCGGUUCUUAGAAGCCAACCAACCAACAAGCUCAUCACUAACAAGAGCCAGCAUGUCUCCGUUGGAUCAGUCAAUAAAGUCUCCAGAUCCUUUGGCUUGAAAUGCUCAGCUUAUUCUGGUGCAACAAUGUCAGCAGUAUACAAAGUCAAGCUCAUUGGACCCGACGGACAAGAAAACGAGUUUGAUGUUCAAGACGACCAGUACAUAUUGGAUGCGGCUGAAGAAGCAGGAGUUGACUUGCCUUACUCUUGCAGAGCUGGUGCGUGUUCCACCUGUGCCGGUAAGAUCGAGAAAGGCCAAGUAGACCAGUCUGAUGGUUCCUUUCUUGAGGAUGAUCACAUGGACAAAGGUUAUGUCUUGACUUGUGUGGCUUACCCGCAGUCUGACUGUGUGAUCCAUACCCACAAGGAAACUGAACUCUUCUAAGUCUUUUGUAAUCAUGCAAAUUGUUUAUUUUGAGUUAUUAUUAUCAGUCUUUAUGUGUGAUUUUAUGUUGUGGCAUUUGUAUGAUAUAAUGGCUCAGGAUAUGCCUUUUAGUGUUACCGGGUUGCAACUGGUUAAUAAAACGGUGUCAACCAAUCAAUAUGGUUUUUAAUU